AUGUCCUCACCGGACAGGCGCACACCAGCAUCAUCAGCCUCUCCAUCUUCGUCACCGCUUGCGCGCGCUCCAAAGUUCUCUCCGCCGACGACGCGAAAUGUUUCUCCCAGAAGGCCUCUCCAUGACCGUUCCAACUCGGAAACUAAUCAGUACUCCGGCCCAACCAUCCGCAUUGUCGAGGACCCCGGGACAGAUGUCUAUUCAAAGACGCCCUUCCCAAGCCAGCCCUCUCAAAUAUUACCACCUCGUAAUGCGCCAGGGUAUGCGUUCGAGCGCAGGGGUUCUCGUGUUUCAGAUCAGAGCGUCGUCGCCAAUGCCGUCGCGAAGAUUGAAUCAAGCAAGACCCUGGACCCAAAACCCCUGCAACACAAGAAAGCAAUCAGACACUCGACGUCAACUCGGGCGUCGGACGCGGACACUUUGGUGGCCUCUUCGUUCUCACCAUCAUCCAGUCGGUUUUCCCAAGGCAGCACACCCCCGUCCUCGCCGCCGCCUGACUUCUUUACUAAAGAAAGGGGAUUGGACGUUCUUGAAGAGGUCCCGUCUCCUCCGCAAAAGUCUACUAUUCGGGCUGUCACUCCUUCCAUUUCGUCCGGUGCCGACGACCCGCUUGAGGGCCACGCAUUAACACCAAGAGCGUCUGCCGCGUCGCUUGCCUCGACCGCAUCCGCGGAAUCGUCCCCCACCUACGAGGCUGAGCACAAGAGACAUUCGUCCAGCGUCAGUCAACCCUCAGGCAAAGGCCACAAAUACACCCCGUCGUCUGGAUCACACAAGAAGAAGCAGGCUUCAUCUACUAAUACAGCACCGCGGCGACUUAUAGCAAAGGAGUCGACAGAAUCAUUUGCAUAUUCUGAUACUUCUUAUUAUAGCGAACGCCCGAGGUCGUCUUCCCACCCUUCACCAACUCUUCAUGAAGCGCGUACAGCCACUUUCGCGAGCGGAGUUCGAGUUCACUAUCCCGUCGUUCGCGCACCAUCAGCCAGUAGCUUAUGGGCCGAAUCGCAAGACCUCCCGACCAUUUCUUCCCGAAUGAAUAAUCGCGCCUCGCAGGUGCAUCAGUGGAGCUCGCAGCUUUCGACGAUACCAUCCGAAUCCGAGCGCGGCUCUCGAUCAAUCGGGCGUGCUUCCCAUUCGUUUAGCGCGCGAUCGCAUUCGCAAGAUGACAAUGGCAUACCGGGGCCGGCCUUUAUACCCAGGAGGAGGCAGACAGUGGGGAGCGUUUCGUCUUCGGACAAUGUCUCCUCUGAGAUGACAGAGUCGUCAGUGGCGAUGCCACUUCCUCUGUUCUCCCCCAUAACACGGCCCUCCGGCGACGAAAGGGACUCCGAUGAGCGCGAGCGCCAUGACACCAUAACACCUUUGCAAUCACCACCACUGCGGAUGAAACGGUCGUUCCUGCGGAGGCAUGAUAGUGAUUCGCGAUCGACGACGUCAUCCCGUCCCAGCUCGUCGCAAUCCGACCUCUCCACUUUCAUCGCGAACACCAUUCCAGCGUGGGCUAGGGUGUAUUAUCGCCGAGGCGAACGCACGUCUUUGGGCGCUCCGGAGUCGUCAACUGAGUCUUCCGAGAGCAUUCGAGUGCCAACGGCGCAUAGCGGGCGAACGAAUACACCUUCAGAGAGCAACUUUCCGCUGAGCAUAUACCGACCGCGCAAUCGGCCGCACCAACGAAUAUCCCAGCCGGACACGGUAUCAAUAUCUGACGGCCCAUUCGAGCAGGAGAUCUACGUAAUUGGGCCUGCUAGACGGCCUCUGGCGGAACCAUUCACUCCCCACCUCCGGCCAGACCGGCGGAGUCAAGCCCGGCUUAGCGCUUGGAAAGCACCCUCUUUUGACGAUUCCCUGGGCUCGAUGCUCUUCAGUCGUCAAAACCGGCAGAUCCUGUUGUUCUGUUUGGGCUUUAUUUUCCCCCUCGCAUGGAUGAUUGCGUCGUUCCUGCCAUUACCCCCUGACCCGGAUCUAGUGCAAGAGCCAACACCCAGCCAAAUGGACCUUGAGCGCCAACUUGCACAAGAGCUUGGGCCUGUAGAGGACAAGACCUUUCGGAAAGCCAUGUGGUGGCGCAAUUUAAAUCGAAUUAUGUCCGGAAUUGGGACACUCCUCAUCGGAGUGAUUAUCGCUUUAGCCGUGCUUGCCUCCAAGAUGUCAUAA